CAUGAAGUCCAUUAUCGUUCUCCUCUUAGCUCCUCUGAGUCUUGCUCUAAAGUUCAAAGGUUGCCCAUACCCGUAUUGUCCUUUAUCAUUCGAUGGAUUCACGUGUGCCUAUGAUGAAGUUUGCGGAUUUCAGGCAGAAAACGAAUGCCAGCUAAGAGUGGAGAUAUGUUUGCGUGAACUAAACAACAGGCCGCGUUUCAUCAAAAUGGUUUCCGGAUACUGUGUGGAUAAAAGCAAGAGACGGUGUACCCCUAUGGUGACACACAAAAUCACAGAUAUAGAUCUUAUGUAACUGGAAUCGAUUUGGUUCCACAUCCAUUUGCAUUAUGAGCAGUCAUUCCAUCACUCUUCUGGACAAUUAGAAUGAGUUUUCCCUGUAAAUAUGUUACUACAAAAUUCUUCCAAAGUAUAACUUGUAUCCGCACAUA